AUGAGUUAUUUAUUGGCCCCUUUUUGCGGCCUGGAAAAGUCGGAGACGAUGGCGGAAUACGAGCUUAUGCCGGAGCCGAUCCAGAAUGCCGACUACAUCCCUCUCCGAUUGAACCCUAGGGAGCGGAAGAUACAACGUCUCAUGCGUGCGGUUAUUAUGGCCUCCCAUUACACAGAUAAGGUUGAUAAUGAAGCCGUACUAAAAAGUAACAAACGAGAUGCCAUUAUAGUGAAGGAGAUUACAAAUUCACUUAGUGGCCUUAUUACCGGCUUGGAUGUUGAGAAGGGGGCGAAGCUUCUUCGUGAAAAGGACUUUUCUCCCUUUGCAAGAGAAAUUCAGUUAGCCGUUGAGGCGUCCCGACGGUACAAAAUGAUGAAUCCUGACUUUCUUCGAACAGAUUACGUAAAAUUUCUUUACAUGGUUCAGGAUGCAGUCCAGAACGAAAAUGUUCGCGAGAUGUUGGGUUUUGUGGUGGCUGAGCAAAUUGUCACUGUUGGAUUCUACUGCCGUGCCUUAGGGUUUGAGUCGAUACUUCAGGAUAAUCGCAUGCCCUUAUGUAUUACUCCUGUGCCUUUUAUUAAAAACAGAAACAAGUUGAACAAGGCCCUGCGGCACAAGGAUGUUACAGUGAAUGGACUUUUAAAGGAAUACAGUAGAGCAUCCGGUCGGACUUUGGAUGAGGUGGAGAUUGCUGUUCGGAGUCUCAACGAUGCCAAUCAUUUUGCCAACGACAAUGUGGAUAGUACAAAUCAAAUGCUUCAUUUACUUAAGGAAUUUUUCUCACCAGAUGCACCAACUGAUUUGACGAACUUGAGUAUCGAGGAGGGCGAAAAUGGAAGUCGAUUGUCUCACAAUCACAGACGGCAGUAUUUUUUUGUCCUCCAAAGCCUUUCACUUUGGAAGAACAUUUGUCGUCGCAUGUUUUCUCUUUGGACGAUUGCAGAGGGAGACAUGUUAAACCCAAACGAGCCAUACGAAUUUCGUUACACAGGUCAAGGUUACCAACGUGUGCAAAAAGCCCCGAACCUCUACCGUGCCAUCAGUGAGGUCGUGCAGCAGACGAAGGAUGAGCUUGGAGAAUGGGUAGGAUCGGAUCGUAUACACCUCGGGGAUGAUCAGGUGCCGAAUGCAUUUCACUUUAUUGAUAAGUAUGCUCAGGUUUCACGGAUUAUCAUUCCCAUACUUCGGACAAUAGCUCACAUUGAUACCCUAGCGGAGAGUUAUGAACACAAUGCAUACAUGAAGGAGGUCUGGGAUGGUUCCAUGAAUGCAAAAAGAGCUAUCUUAAGGGAUUUUUUUAGACACGGAUUUGAUGGUAGUGGAGGAGACAAUAUGGAUGACGCUGGUAGUUGUGUUGAUGGCCGGCUGACAAGUGCAUGGAACUGGUGUAACAACAUUCGAUGGAAACCUUUUUAUCCGCUCUUCCUUCUUGCUGGUUUUAGUUCCUUUGACGGCGAGCUUGGUCUGUAG